AUAAUGGGAUCUUUCCUUCUCCUUGUGUGAUAUUCGGCAUGUUGCUAAACAGCAAUAAUCAUUCAGUCAUUUUUUCGGCACCUGAACCCUUCCUCCCCGAUUUACAGUCUCUUCAAAAUGAGUUCACAGGACCCCAAGGAACGCUUCUACCGCCAGUUCCAGACUUCAGUCACGACCAUCCAUGAGCAGAUCAACCAGCUCUCUUCCUUUGCCAGCGUCGGCCCUGAGCGCCAGGAUGCUGUCGACCACAUUCUGGGUGGCCUUUCCCACCUCUCCAAGGAGGUAGCCGAUGCCACUGAAUUCAUCCCAGCCCAUGAUCUGCGGAUCUACUCCGACACCGUGAAGUCGCUCAAGGACCAGCUCAAUGAGGCGCAGGCUAAGUUGAUGCCCAAGAACCGCUUCCAGUUCAGGAAGCGGCCCGAGAACAGCGACGCUGCCACGGCGAAGCCUGACACUCGUCGCCUGGACCUGACCGCCAACACCAGAUCGUCCACGGAUGUCGCAUCCGCACAGACGGAAGCUAAGGACACCAUCGGCGCGCUCCCGGCUUCCUCGUCGCUGCCGACCAGCAGCAAGAACUACAACGCCGAGAUCUCUCGCGACGACGCCACAGCUAAGGGCGUAGGCGUUCGCAAGCCGUCCUUCUCGGCGGCCCGCGACGUCCACCUGUCCGACCACAUCCGCGUGCACAUCACCCUGCCAGCCUCGGCCUCUCGUGCCACCUCCUCCGGCACUCUGACGGACCUGCAUCAGUGUGUCGUCGACAUGACCCUGCCCACAUCGAGCAGCACCACCGGCAGCGGGCCCGGUACCCCCUUCGCCAGCCUGACCCUCAAGGACAUCCGGAGCAGCGCCAUCGUUGCCGGCCACGUCAACGGGCCGGUCCACGUCACGGGCGUGCGCGACAGCGUGGUCAUGGUCAUUGCGCGCCAGGUGCGCAUCCACGAGUGCCGCAAUGUCGUCUUCUAUCUGCAUUGCGUGAGCAGGCCGAUUGUGGAAGACUGCACGGGUGUGCAGUUCGCGAAAGCACCCGAGAUCUUUCUGACGGAGAAGGAGAAGAAGGAGGCCAACCUAUACGACCAGGUUGACGACUUCAAGUGGCUCAAGACGUUCAGCUCACCCAACUGGAGCCUGCUGCCUGACGACCAAGUCGUGCCGGAGGAUGUUUGGAAAAAGGCCCUCGAUGGCAAGCCCGGUACGCUCAUUGACGAUACGCUCCGCAUGCUGGGCGUUGAGAAGGGUCUCGGCGCUGGGAAGGAGACCUAAGGAGCGGGGAUUUGGUGGGAAGAGAUGCCUCGUCGGGAAGUCGUUUAUACCGGGGAAGGUGGUGUGUGCUUUGCUCCCUCUAAGGGAGAGAGACGUUUGGUCAAGAGCUCGGCGUAGCUUUCGUACACAAUCAACCAUGAUUUCUCGCACCGGCUGUCUCUCAGGCCGUCUUAGUUACUGCUGCCUGUCUUAUCCCAGCAUUUUGUCAAGGCCAUCAUC